GUCCUUGCUGAUCUGUGCAGUGGCUUUGCUCCUUAAUCUUGCAGGGCGUGGCAGCGCCUUGCGUGAACUAGUUACAGAGGGCGUUUUGUUAGUGUGUGCAACGCCGGUGUCACCAACGCACGCCUGACGCCUCACUUACAAGGAGUCAGCGCUUGCUCCGAGCCCAUCUCUUCCUCCCCUUCAGUUGGCGCUCACCACCACCGGGGCUCGCUCUAUAUAAUCCCUCCCUCACGUCACGAGGGGCGGGAGGGAUGUCGCAAUGGCUCUGGUUGGAUCAUCUGCCAAGCGGAUGUCGUCAGCAUGGACUAUAUCCUGCGACUGCAGUCCCGGUUCAGGUUGCGCUCUCGCACGUCAUCGCAACCAACUUCAACCUCGGCAUCAGGCGACAAUCGAGACGCAAUUAUGAACCUGACUGAUCUGCCAUUCACCAUCUUCCUCGACAUCGUCCUCCUCCUGCCUCCCGUCGACGCCCUCCGCUGCCGGCAAGUCUCGUCCGCUUGGCGCAGCGCCCUCACCCGCCAGGAUCUCGCCAUCAGUCUCAUUCUUGGGCGCUUUCCCCGCGCCCGGGAGGCCCGGAUACUUCGCCGCUGGCUUGCGAGCGGGGGACUCGGCCAUGGCUAUGUGGGGGAUCUCGAGGACACGGAGUGGGCGGCUGUGUUUGCGAACCUCGCGCGGCGAUACUUUCACCUCGGGGCUGCGCAGCCGUGGAAGACGAGCAAGGUGCAGACGUUCAAUGGUGGCAAUGCGCUCUGGGGCGUCACGCCGUGGAAUCGCUUCCUCAAACUACACAAUAGGGCAGCCGACUUUCAGUCUUGGGAUCCGGUGUGGACGUUUGAGCCCGACGACGGACUGCUCGUCUACCCUGCUGCCUCAUCCACGCCGCUGCAGAGAUACCGGGUCCGAGAUCUAGAGACUGGGAGCGAGUUUAUCGUCCCGUUCGACACUGCGGGCAAGGUCAUCCGGCGGGUCCGGCUCCAUGAUAAGGUCCUCCUGUUUGAGUGGUGCGAGGAACAUGGGUUGGAUCUCUCACACCCUGUCAAAACCCUCGACACCGCCAUUCGCCACUAUGCAACGGCCUACGACGUCGUGCGGCACGGUGCGGCUGCCCUCCUCCCGCGCCGGGACGCCGCCGAGCCCGGGCGCGAGUGGUCCUUUGUCCGGCGCGCGGAGUGGAAGAUCCACCACCUCGGCAUGCUUCCCACCCACCAGGACCGCUUCUUUUCCGCGCACAACCGCACGCACUACGCCGUGUACGUCUGGCAGCCAGCGCGCUCGCCGUGGGGCGACGACGACCCGCUCGAGCGGCUGAUUGUGUGGGAGCUCGGCCCCGCCCCGCCCGCAGGUGGGUCUCCGGGUCCGGAGACGGUCGGCGCUGGCGCCGGGCCGCGCGUGGUCCUCCAGCUGGCAAAUGCCGACCUGCGCGCGUGGGGAGUCGGGCAGCGGGAUACACCGUCGCUUCGGGAACUGGCUCUCGACGCGACGACUUGGGACGAGGCAGCGCAGACUGCGUGCGGACAUAUAUAUCUCGUCGAGGAGACGCACCGAUGGGCUGCAGGGCCUCACAGCUCGCUCACACCGCCGCCUCUACACCGAGUGCGGAGCACGGGAAUACCCCUCGGAGGCCACGGCCCGCGAUGGCUGGACAAGUGCGACGCCGACGGCAGCAACAACACCAGGAACCCGCGGGCCGGGUGUCGUCACAGCGCGACCUCCGGGACCUCCGACAGUCGACAAUCCUGGCCGGGCCGUGCGCCCUGCUGGCGCCACGACGACUUCCCCUUCGUCACCGUGUCCGGGGUCCAUGACGCUGCCGCAGAGGUUCACAUCAGAGCCCGGCAGUGCUUCCAGCUGCGAUCUCUCGCCGUACACUUGCCCCCGAGCCUCCGCAACCCGCCGGCCGCUGCUGUCGACAACGGCGAGAAAAGGACCGGGUGGGAGGUCACCAGGGCCGCGUUCCUAGCCAUGUUCGAGUGGAGCGACAUGGAGCUGGAGGACCUCGAGGCAAUGCACAAGCGCAUCGACGGGCCGGCUAGGGAGAGCGAGGUCAAGUUCCCGGGCGGUCUGUGGGACGAGUUGCUGGGGAAGGGCUUCAUGAGUGGCAGUGAGCGAUGGAUUGUGGGCGAAGACGCCAAGGGAGACAUUACAAUCAUCAUGUUUUAAGGGGAGGCUGACGGGAGAAGCAUCUCUAAGUAUUUUUUAGACUUGAUAGAUAUGUACAUAAUGAGCGGCGGUAGCGCAAGGGAAUGAGAGGGCAUCACAAAUAAAAUGGAUUUGAUGAUAGGAAUCGCUGCUUGAGCUAUCCCACAUGACAUCGGAUGGGCAGUCCAUCCCGUGUUGAGACGGCGAUAUUACCGUCCGUUCCCCGUUCUAUCCGCCACUUGUUGUUCCUUCUUCCUCUUUGUUCUUCCUCUGAUUC